AUGCAGGAAGCGCUCGUCUCUCCGGCCAACGCCGACCGCCUCCGCUCGGCCUUCGAGCUCAAGCCGUACGCCUUCGGGGACCAGCGCCUCUCUUCCUCGCCGCGCUACCUCCCGGGCGGCGACGACGGCCUGUACCGCUGCUCCUCCCCCUUCAGCCCCAGCCUGGGCUUCUCCUCGCCGUCGCCGCUCACCACAUCCGUCUCGCUCUCGCCGUCCUCGUCCGGCUCCCUCGUCGACGACGGAGACUACGACGGCGCCGCUGCCGCCGAUGCCACCGGCCACAGGCUCCAGCUCGCGCGGCUCGCGCUGCAGUACCAGGAGGUGGCCGAUCGCUACGAGCUCUGUCUGUCCCACCUCGCCGAGGCCGUCGACGAGGCGGCGAUCCUCCGCCGCGAGAAUGCCGAGCUCCGCGUGGCCAACAACGACCUCGCGCGCCGCGUCGCGCUGCUCGGUGGCAAGGAGACCGCCGCCGUCGUCAUCGCUGACGAGAUACGCCGGUUCCGCCUCGGCGAGCACAAGGGUGCCUCCAAGCAGCGCGCGCCUGAGAAGCUCGCCGUGCUGCCAAAGAGCAUCUCCGUCCGUUCGAAUGACUACCUCAAGAUGAACCAGGCCGCCCCGGCAGCCGCCACGCCGGCGGCGUACAACCGCAAGCCGAGCUCGUGUCGCACGCACCUGGAUCGGCAGCAGCGCGCGUACGCGGGACUAGGGGCGGACGGCGGCAAGAAAGGCGAGGAGCAGAAGACCAAGCAAGACGCGGCGGGGGAGCUGGACGUGUACAACCAGGGCAUGUUCAAAACAGAGCUGUGCAACAAGUGGGAGGAGACGGGGGCGUGCCCCUACUGGGACCAGUGCCAGUUCGCGCACGGCGUCUCCGAGCUCCGCCCCGUCAUCCGCCACCCGCGAUACAAGACCGAGGUCUGCCGCAUGGUGCUCAACGGCGAGGUGUGCCCCUACGGCCACCGCUGCCACUUCCGCCACUCGCUCACGGCCGCCGAGCGCCUCCUCCGCAGCCGUUGA